AUGGUGCUGCUGAGACCGGCUGCGCUUGUGACACUGAUGAGAGCCGCGGGGAGCGGCGGGCGGCGGGGGGGGAGGGGGUGUCGCCGGUGCCGGGACCCCCCGGGGGUUUGGCACAUCCCUUCGCUCCCCUCCGCCCCCCCGGUGCGGCGGCGCUCGGCCCCCCCGCAGCCCGUGAUCGCCGCCAAACAGCCCUUCCCGGUGGAGCUGAAGGCGGGGAAGAAGUACGCCUGGUGCGCCUGCGGGCACAGCGAGAGCCAGCCCUUCUGCGACGGCGCCCACAAGAAAGCCGCCCCGGGCAUCUCCCCCCUGCGCUUCACCCCCGAGGAGGACAAGACGGCCUGGCUCUGUGGGUGCAAGCGCACCCGCUCCCCCCCGUACUGCGACGGCACCCACAAGGAGCAGGCGGUGCAGAGCGCCCAGCUCCCCGCGCAGCCCUGACGCGGCUGCACCCCGCAGGGACGGGGGGCACGGAGCCCACCGGGGUGUUCAGCCCUCUCGGACGGGGAUGUUCGGCCCUCUCGGGUAUGGGAGGGAGUGGGGAGAUGCCCGGCUCCCACCCCAAUUAACGUUAAUUACUGAGCCUUGAGGGCUGCGGAAAACCAGCCUCACCCCACCGUGGGGCGGCAGUUUUCCUUCUGCCCCACUGGGGCCCUGCCAGGGAUAACGAUGGCUCGGCAGCGGCUGGGGAAAAAAAUAAUCCACGGGAUAAUGGGACCUUCAGGAGUGGUUUUGCAGUGCCGGAGCUGCGGGUGCCCAUCGGGAUGUGGGACAGAGGGAACCGGAGGCACCCGGGCAGCUGCAUCUGUACAGGCAGACGAAGGGAAGGACAGUCUGCAGCAUUUAUUACAUUUACAAAGCUGUAUAGUUAUACAAAUGUUUAACCAAUAACGAUAUAUGAAUAUCAGAAUAUAUUACAAGACAUUAAAACGUCGUACAGGAUGCAAACAUACAGAGCAAUUUGGUUUGUACCAUAUAGGAAAAAACAGAAAACAAAACAACCCCCCCCAGGAGCCCCACAGAAACCCCAGACCGAGGCACUUCAGCUGCCUCCCUCAGUCCAUUUUGGCCUAUUUACAAGGAGAAAAGGGGUGUCCAAGUCGAGACAAACGGAGCCCCCAACACGCUUCGAGCCCCUCGUCCGGCCCCAGCCCGGGGAUGGGGAAGAGAGAAACAAAGGGGCCCCGCGGGGACGUUCCCGGGCCCCAUCCCAGCGGAGCCGGGGGCUGUGCUACAGCAAAG